UUUAGUUUGUGAAACAUUGCUGUCUAUUGCGGUUUAAAUUAUAAAUUGUUGGUGAAAUGUGUUGUGAAUCUGAAAAGUGAAAAGAAAAUACCGCAACACUUCACUGUUACUAUUUAAAUUCGUCGCACCGGUUGUUUGCCCUAACCAUUUAUUUGAAAGCAAAUAUGCAAAUUAACUAAACAAUCGCCUCGUGCCGUAAGAAAUAGCACAAUAAUCAGCUAAAUAACAAAACAAAAAAAAUUAUCUAAAAAUGUUUUUCAAUGUGAAUUUCAAACUGUUGUGUAUGAUCUGCGUUAGUGCCGUAUCUGUCUGUAAUCAGUUGAAAUCGCAAAAGAACAAAAGUAACAGCAUAAACAGCAGCAGCAGUAGUUGUUAAGUAAAUAAAGUGGGAAGUGAAAAAACGUCGACAAAAGAUAAGUCGAAAGCGCCUCACAUCGCGUCGCGUCGCGUUUUCUCAACCCGUAUCAAAUUGCGCUUUUAAGCGCAUCGAGUCGCGCCAAGUGUGGCUUUAAAUCGAGUUUAUCAGCGAGUAGAAAUAAAUAGACAACAACAACAACAAUCACUGUCCUUGCGUCUAAAUUGAACCCCCUUGUGCGCAAGUUAAAUCGAAUUAACUCUCAAUCGUGUUCGUAUCGCGUCGUGUCGCGGCACACAACUGCGUUACUAAAAAGAGAACAAAUACGUCACAUUUCAUACAGAAUCAGAAUCCAACAACAGAGCUGCUGAGUUGCUUGUAUGUUGACAUUCCGCUACUUAGAUUCUAAGUAAAGCAUUCAAUUGGAUUAAGUUGACCUUCAGAGGCAAUUGUAGCAGCCAAGCAAAUAUCACAAAGCGUACCGCAUUACGCUUCGUGUCCAAUACACUUGUCCGUCACUUGUUCCUCCUACCUUCAUUUCGCUGCAUUUCAUCACAGUACUUCCAACGUUAAACAGCAUGGCGACAAAUACCGAAAUUCUACCCUUUCAUCAUCACACGACCAUUUCCCUACAAACUGCCGCUGCACUCACCAGCUACCAUGGCGGUGGUAGUGGUGGUGGUGGUGGCGGUAGCGGAGGCGGCGGCGGCAGCGUUGGCAAUCACAACAACGGCCCACCCGCUGGUGCAGUACUUCCAACCGCUACUCAAUUGGCCGCAGCCGCUUGGAAUAUGGAAGAUUGCCUAUACCAACAGACUGAACUUCCCGCCCUCACACAGCGCGCCCAUCAUUUGUUGCGUUUCACACCGUAUGCGUUGCAUCAUCGCUCCCAACUGCAGACACUACCAUCCGCGUUGUACCUCCAGCAGGCUGCGGCUGCUGCAGCUGCUGCGGCCGCACAUGCGCAGCACCACCAUCAUCAUCAUCACCAUCACCACCACCAACAUCGACCCGCGUCGCCGGAGAGUCCGCCACCUAUUGAGGGUACACAUAUUAGCAAUCUCUUCCCCGAAAUUCUCGAGAUGAUUUUCCAGAAGCUAACGGUACGCGAUUUGGGUCGUGCCGCGCAAGUAUGUGUAGCCUGGCGCGACGCCGCAUACGCCAAGAGUGUAUGGAAAGGUGUUGAGGCCAAGUUGCAUCUAAAGCGUUCCAGUCCUAGUCUCUUCAAUUCAUUGGUGCGUCGAGGCAUAAAAAAAGUGCAGAUACUGUCGCUGCGGCGCUCACUUAAGGAUCUCGUGCUCGGCGUGCCAUCACUAGUCUCGCUUAAUUUGAGCGGUUGCUUCAAUGUGGCUGAUCUGAAUUUGGGUCAUGCCUUCUCUGUGGAUCUGCCGAAUCUGAAAGUACUCGAUUUGUCCCUGUGCAAACAGAUUACCGAUACGAGUUUGGGACGCAUUGCGCAGCAUCUGAAGAACUUGGAGACACUCGAACUCGGCGGUUGCUGCAACAUUACGAAUACCGGUCUGCUGCUCAUCGCGUGGGGUCUGAAAAAACUGAAGCACUUAAAUUUACGUUCCUGUUGGCACAUCAGCGAUCAGGGUAUCGGACAUUUGGCCGGCCUGAGCAAAGAGACCGCUGAGGGUAAUCUAGAGUUGGAGUAUCUGGGUUUGCAGGAUUGCCAACGACUCAGCGACGAAGCGCUCGGUCAUAUAGCACAAGGUCUAUCGUCACUAAAAUCCAUCAACCUGAGCUUUUGCGUCUCCGUCACGGACAGCGGCCUCAAGCACUUGGCACGUAUGCCUAAACUUGAACAACUUAAUCUACGUUCCUGCGACAACAUCUCCGACAUUGGCAUGGCGUACCUCACCGAAGGGGGCAGUGGUAUUACCUCACUCGACGUCAGUUUCUGCGACAAGAUCAGCGAUCAGGCGCUCACACACAUCGCCCAGGGCCUCUAUCGGCUCCGUUCGCUCAGUCUAAAUCAGUGCCAAAUUACCGAUCAGGGUAUGUUGAAGAUCGCAAAGUCACUACAGGAACUAGAAAAUCUUAAUAUUGGACAAUGUAGUCGCAUAACGGACAAGGGACUAGAAACACUCGCGCAAGAUCUGGUAAAUUUGAAGACGAUUGAUCUGUACGGUUGCACGCAAUUAUCCUCCAAGGGUAUCGAUGUGAUUAUGAAAUUGCCGAAGUUGUUAAAACUGAAUCUUGGACUGUGGCUCGUAAGAUGAUGCGUUCAACGCAGCAAACACAAACAAUACGCAAAUAGGGUUGCACGACAUCGUCGACUGGAGGGUAUUUCAAAAGUAGGAUGGUAUAACAAUUUGGUUAAUCGGAGAAUUCACAGCGGUAACAAAGGGCGAGUAAUAAAGAGUAAGAUGAAGGAAGAGCGUGCGCUCUUCGGGCGGGUGUGUUUCCUCGACAGUCGAUUCCACGUUGCCGGAACGAAGCGGAUUUUAAUCCGGCCAAGGUCUGUCACUUCAGCAGCAUUCUCCAAAAAUGUAUGGGGAAUGUUUAUGAGCUUACAACAACAAUAACAACAAGGCGGGUGCGUAAUGCGAAGUUAUUUCCGAAAUUGACCACAACCAAAUAUCACUUUUAACCAAAAAUGACGCUAAUAUAUUUACGCAAGCGUUCAACUCUGGCGAGUUUUCUUUGCUGCAUCCCACCUAACGGUCGCAUAGGAAAUAAACCUGCACGAAGAAUGGGCCACGGAGCAAACGGCUGAGACCCUGAACCGAGAAUUAUGCAGCAAAGCAGCAAUAAAUAAUUAUACAAAUACACACGAGUGCGCGCAUACGAACGCAUACAGACGCACACAGAUAAAUAGAUUGUAAGGCGAACAUGCAAACCGGCCGACAGCGAACAAAUAAGCGCACGAGGCGCUACCGGACCGAAAGCAAUGCAGAUGGGAUGUAGUGAGGAGGCGAAAAGGCAACUUUGCAGAAGGGUGAAUAAUAUUUAAAAAAUAAAAUUCCUAAAUAAGCUGAAAAAAAUUACCACAAAAAAACAAACGUGUUGAAAAUAACAAAAGAGAAAAACAAAAACAAGAAAGCCAACACAACAGACAAACUCAAGAGCAGCAGCCACAGCAACAGCAACAAAACUAAGGUACAACAACAAUAAACGUGGCGGCAACGCAUGCAUGACUUUCGUUUCCCAUAAACACGCCGUGUACUAAAUUUAAAACAGCAAUGAAGAAGCCAAUAAAAAACGCAAAUAGCAAAAAAAAACACAAAAAAUUAAAAAAAAAAAAAUAAUAAAUAAAAAAACGGAUUAAACAGCAACGGCAACAAGAACAUCAGCAGCUUCAGCUAAAACAGCAACAACAACAAUUAACUUGUGCGCAGAGUCAGACACGCAAUGCAGCGCAGUCAAACAGGCAGGCAGACAGCCAGAUAGUCCACUGGUAUUGGGACGGACAACAGACCAGCUGCAUAACCAAGCAGCCAGUCAGACAAACAACCAAACCCAUGGACACAUGUGUGCCGAAGAGUGCCUAAGUAUGCAAGUAUGACGUAUGUAUGUGUGCAUGUAGCUGCACUGGAAUCAUGACUACUACGGCCAAAGCGCGCAUGCAUGGUUGCCUUAAUGGUUUGCGGACAGCCUGGCUGCUAGAGUGCCUGGUGGAGCGGUAGUGAGGCGUGGAUCGGAAGGCUUAGUUGGCAUGCCAUGGCAUGGCAGUCCUCCAACCAACCAACACGGCUUGACUUGGCUGCAUGGAUGGCUAACCACUUGCAUUGGUUUGCGAUGGCGGCUGACCGCCUUGGUUUCGUUUAUUCUGAGCAUUACGUACACGCCUAUGUGCAUAUGUAUGUAUGUAUGGGUGUAUUGUAUGUUUAUUUGGGAUGCAUGCAGACGGUAAAUAUCGCGGCGGUGGUAGGGGUGGGAUUGAGCAAUGAGUUGAGGAAAUGUAAAGAUCUAUGCGCACGACAUAAAGCUUGUUGUUGCCUGAUUACUGAAGGAUGCAAGUGUGGAUAAGAAAAAAAUCCAGAGCAACAAAAAAUACAAAACGCAGAAGAGAAGUUUAUUAAAGUGUUUGAAGAAAUUGAUAAAAGUCGUUUGCAUGCUGAUCGUAGCUGCAAAUGUUUAGGCGAUAUUAAUACAACAACAACAUGAAAGAAAAUCAAGCCACGAAAGUCACGCUCGGUCGGUCAGCUGUUAAAGAGACAACAACAACAUGCUUGCCAAAGCGAACGCAGCCAUUAACAACAACGAGCAGCAACAAUAGAAGGAAGUUUAACAACAAAAAAGAAGGAGAGCGACAAACCGCGAAAGUACACGAAACCAACUCGGCAAAAACGCGAAGGAAAGGCGCAAUAACAACUUGCACUGAACAGUACCUAUCACAGCAACAGAGGAGGGGCAUUUAGUGGAGAUUUGGAGCGACAACAGAAAUCGAAACAACAGCGCAACACCGUCACAGUGGCAGCACAACAAUAACAACAUCAACACCAAUAGCAGCAGCAAUAAUGGCGGAGGCGUCAGCGGCACCAACAACAAGAACAACAACCGUGAGUGCAGUGAAACGCAGCCGUGCAAGGCUCACUUUUCAGGCGUAUUUAGCAUACCCAGCUGAGGUUGAGCUUAUUUCAGACGGCACCGAAACAAGGCGAAGUUUAAGGCAUAGCAGCAACAGCAUAAGCACUAAAAGCAACAAUAACAACAGAAGAAGUAAAUGCACGCGCGACCCUCACUGUUGGCGCAAAAAAAAAAAAAUUAAGAAAAAAUACAAAAAUAAAGAAAUGAAUUAAAAUAAACACACGCACACCUGCAAAUCAUUGGCAAGCAAGUACAUACAAUAAGAAACAAACUGAAUAAAUCGGCGGUAACAAAAAACAGAAAAAAA